GACUUGCGUGGGCUCUGUUCCAGCUGCUUGGGUAAUUAACCUAAGCACACACAACUAAUGCAACAACUAAUCGAAAUAUAACAACUUGAGAUGAUAAAACAAAAUUUGGGGUCGUUUCACACUGUUGGCCUCACAAUGUCUUGACAGUGUUGGAUUUGAAUUGUUUCCUGUACAAUUUGUAUAUCUAUAUUAUUUUAUUCUUUCCAAUUGUUAUGAAAAGUAGAUGUAAUAUAAAAAACAACAACAAGGCAAUCAACAUUCAUAAUAUGAUGGACGUUGGGUUCGAACAUAUUUCAGCAUCUCUGAACUAAAGCUAUUUCUGUGAGAGGUCAUGACAAACGAGCAUUUGAGUUACUUCCCUUGGAGAGUUUCCCGCUAGAUUCGAAGAUGUUGUGAUAGCGAUGUCUUCUAAACGAUUGAAGCGACUUAAUCUACCAAAGGAAGCACUUGAAAAACUUACACAGCAUAAUAUUGGAUCGUGUCGUGACGUCUUGUCACGAUCGACACUGGAGUUGUUGAAACUGACGGGAUGUGGCUACCUCACAGUUACAGACAUCAUCGACCAGUGCUGCCAGGCUUGCAUACCCCCACCUGUCACGGGGCUUCAACUAUUGCAUGGCCGCAGUGAGAGCAAAUCUGCCUUUCUUCCCACAACUUUAGCCGACCUGGACAAGGUUCUACAUGGGGGGCUGCCAGCAGGAACUAUCACAGAGAUUGCUGGACCUUCAGGCUGUGGGAAGACCCAGUUCAGCAUCAUGUUGAGCGUUCUGUCAGCCAUGUCAGGGGAUACAGACACAUCAGUCAUCUACAUUGACACUGAAGGGGCUUUUAGCGCUGAGAGACUGGUAGAAGUAGCAAGAUCGAAAUUUCCCUCACAUUUUCAAAGCGAGCAUGACAUUGUGGAUGUUGCAAGUCGGGUGCAUGUUGACUCAAUUCAGUCAUGCACCAGCCUGAUGAAAAGGUUGAAAAGUUUGGAGGAAGACAUUAUCACUAAGAAAGUUAAACUGAUCGUGGUGGACUCAAUAGCCUCCCUUGUGCGGAAGGAAUUCAGUACAUCCAUUGGACGGAAUCUGACAGACCGCACCAACUUCCUGUCACAGGAGGCAGCCAUCUUGAAAUAUGUGGCAGAGGUUUUCUCCAUCCCAGUGGUGGUCACUAAUCAAAUUACAACACGGUAUGGCAGACCAGGUGCAGUGCUUGACAGUGAGCAUGAUGGCAGCAGCAGUGUGACAGCCGAGGGAGACGCAGGCUUCGUGACGGCAGCACUAGGCAACACGUGGAGUCACAGUGUGAACACAAGGCUUAUCCUGCAGUACCUGGAAGCUGACCGCAGACAGGUGCUGGUAGCCAAGUCACCUGUUGCACCUUUCACAUCUUUCACCUACACAGUGCAGAAGCAGGGCAUUGUACAGGAAGAUGAUGGUGCUGGCCACUACCAUGGAACAGAUCCCAGCAUGCAACACAUCAGAGUCAGAUCGUCACUUCCCAUACAGAUGUCCCAAGUCUGAAACUGCAUGAUGUGUUGUUCGAACCCUGCACCUGUACACAUCUGCACCUGUACACAUCUGCAAUGAUCAAUUCAAGUAUACUUAUGCCAGGGCUUUUGUGAAGUACCACCUAAUUAGAACGUUGGACAGUGUCUGAAUUCAUUGAAAGCCAUGUCUGCAUAAUACACUGUCAACCCAAGUGACGAAAGUGGUAUAAUAUUAUGGUGUGUGUAAAUAUUGUAUGACAGUGAUUUGAGAAUAAAUAAUUUGUUCCAA